AUGAGACAGUUCAUGUCAGAUUUUGUUGCUGAUUUGAAAUAUUAUUUAUUUUUGAGUUCAACCGAGCAGUUUUUGAGGUUUCAGGAUUCCCCCAUUCAAAUGGACGCCGAAAUAGCUGACUGGAGGAGUUACUGCAAAUAUGGUCGCCGAGUGAACAGACUUUCCUUGAAAGGGACUUUGGUUUAUAGCUGUUUAUUCCAGCUAUUACCAUAUUUAACGGUUUGUAUUGCAUACGAGCAGCAAAAACGUUUCUCGAAUCGGGUGUACCGAAUCAUUCAAACGAAUCGAUUCAAAUGAUUCGUUCAUCAGUCGACAUCUGCGAGUCUUACGUCACUCUAGAAGACUCCGCUUGCGGGUUUCUUGAAGGCGGAAUAGAUUCGUCCGUCCGAUGACUGGAACGAGUGACUUCACGAGCUUUACGUGAGCGCGCGCUGCAAACGCUUUAAUUUACACACCGAAUAGAGUCGCGCGAGUCGAACGGGACCAGAGUGACACGAUAUACGAGUCCGAUGAGCAGCUUGAAGUCCUCGUUUGACCUGCAUGCGAUACACGCUACAUGUUGGGUAAAGGCCUGAAGCGGAAGUUGGAGCAGGAGGAAGAGAAUGGCGUCAUGAAGAUGGCCUCCCCUCAGGAAGUGUCGCCCACCUGCUACUGGCUCCAGCGGCAGACCGUGCUCAACCUCUCCCUGCUGAAGCUGCACAGCCGCCCGGGACACACGGACCCGGGCCUGGCCCGCAGGGUGCUCAUCACGAACACACUCAGACACAUCCAGGACGAGCUGAGAGGGGAGGAGGGGGUCCUUCUGCCCCCAUCUGUUCCUAGACAGCAGCCCCCUUCAUCCCCCGUUAUAAAGGACAGCUUCAGCGCAGCCCUGGCCGAAAUUGAAUCUCUGUGUCCGACAGUGGGAAUAACAGCUUUGUUUUCUACAGAGGCGGCUCGGUCAAACACAUCAGACCAGAACAUGCCAGAUAUCACUAGCAGCACUAACUUGAUUCAUUCAGGUGAAUCGAGAAAUACAGAUCCUGAUCUUUCUGAAAUGCACAGCAGUGUGGACCCACCUAUCCCUCUCUCUGACUCUGCCCAAUCAGCAUUAAGCCACACCCCCUCAUUUCUCGCUGAUUUCUCAUUGGACGAUUUCCUGUUCACGGAAAUAGACAACAUCCUGUUCGACAACAGCCCCUGCAGUUCAUCCCUGAGCGGGACCUCAGGCACGUCGAGAGUCAUUUCCAUGGUAACGGAUGACUUCGUUAAGACGCUCACUGGUUACGGAAACGGUGGGGCGAGCCAAUCAGCUCUUCCGUCUAAUCAGACUUUCAAACUGGAUCUGAACGAACUGGAUCACAUUAUGGAGGUUUUGGUUGGGUCAUAAUUUGACGUGCAAAUUAUACUUUUUGUACUUGUAUCAGGAAGUCAAUUUUUCUGUAUUAUGGUAUGUACUGCAAAAAGGUUACUAUGGCAAUGUAUAUGCAUAUGUUCAUAUAUUUAUUUUGAUACUGUAGCAGAGGGUGCACAAUGUGAUGUAAUAUAUUGCAGCCAUUUUGUAAUUUCAUUAUAAUGUUAUAAAGUGACAUUUUAAUA